AUGCCUUCAAAAUUUUGUGUUGUAUGCUCAUUGCAUUUUAAAGAGGAUGAUGUAUACUUUACCGAAAAAGGUCGUCGAUUGAUUAACAAAAGUGCAAAACCGACCAAAAAUUUAUGCGCGUUGCCGCCAUCACCGGAAAAACCAAGUUUGGACCAAGUUGGUCCUUCAAACUUACUCGAAGCUAGUCAACUACCCGAAAAAUCUAUUAAAGAUAAUUCUGUAUUACCUGAAUUUAGAGAUUCGGACCUGGACUCUAUAUUCGAUACACCUAGAAAAAAGCUAGAGAGACUCGCUACAGUACUACAUUCCACGCAACAGGUGAAUGCUCUUCUUCGUGCACAAAUCGAAGGUAAGCCUCUAAAAACAGAGGAUACUCCCAUAAACGAACUUUCCCCUCAAGUUUGUACAGUAGCGCCAAAGGUACCUCUCUUUUGGCAUCAGAAACCUGCCUUGUGGUUCGCACACAUUGAAACCCAAUUUCGUGUAGCGGGAAUCACAGGGGACCAGACCAUGUACGACCAUGUCAUUGGUCAACUGGAUUUUAGGAUUACAGCUGAGAUUGAGGACAUCGUUACAAAUCCACCUAGGACUAACAAGUAUGAACACCUAAAAACGGAAAUCAUACGUCGUUUAUCACAAUCUGAAGAAGUACGUGUUCGACAGCUUCUGAACGAUGAGGAAUUAGGCGAUCGUAAGCCAUCCCAAUUCUUAAGACACUUACGUUCUCUAGCUGGGAGCACACUCACGGAGGAGAGCAUUUUGCGUCAACUUUUCAUGCGCCGCCUGCCACAACAUCUUCAGGCAAUCCUUGCUGCAAGUGCUGACCCACUUGAUGAUAUUGCAAUUCGAGCGGACAAAAUUCUCGAAGUAGCUCCUAGCCUUGCAUCAUCUUCGAGCCCGUUUGUACAUGCAACUUCUGCAUCUUCUUCAGGUCCUACAUUUGACCUAUGUGCUCUUGCUGCUCAGGUACAACAGCUGUCUGCAACAGUUGCAGCGCUUACUCGAACUCGAGAAAAUCAUCGUAGUCGAAGUAGAAGCAAGUCUAGGAACCGCACACAAUCUGAUGUUGGCCCACCAGUGUCAUGUCGGCCACGUCGCCUCGCACCGCAUGAGCUGGUGAUUGCUAAACGUGAGUUCGAUGAGAUGCUGGGUAACGGCACCGCAAGACCAUCCAAAAGUCCGUGGGCUUCUCCACUGCAAUUGGUGCCCAAGAAGGAUCUGGUUUCUUGGCGAACAUGCGGUGAUUAUCGUUGCUUAAAUGCGCGAACCAUCCCAGACCGCUAUCCGUUGCGUCAUAUCGGGGAUUUUAGUAAUAACAUCGCUAGAUCUACUGUCUUCAGUACGCUUGAUCUGAUAAGAGCUUACCAACAGAUACCAGUCAACGACGAAGACGUAUGUAAAACGGCGAUCACGACUCCUUUUGGAUUAUUUGAAUUCCCGUAUAUGACCUUCGGAUUGCGCAAUGCGGGACAAACGUUCCAACGCUUUAUGGAUGAGGUUUUGGGUGAUUUGGAUUUUUGUUUUCCGUAUAUCGAUGAUAUACUCAUAUUUUCCCGCAAUGAAGAAGAACACGCUUGUCAUCUUCGCAUUCUCUUUCAGAGGCUAGCCGAUUACGGCAUUGUCGUAAAUCCUGCUAAGUGCGUACUGGGAGUAGACAGUGUCAUCUUUUUAGGAUACCGCGUUUCUAAAGACGGUAUAAGUUCUCCGCCUGAACGGAUAGCCGCAUUACAGGAGUACCCUCUCCCUAAGACAGUGCAGGGUCUUCGUAGGUUCCUGGGUAUGAUCAAUUAUUACAGACGAUGUUUAGCACGUGCGGCUGAGUUGCAAGCGCCGUUGAUAAACAUAUUGACUGAUACAAAACUCAAGGGAGCAAAACCGGUACCUUGGACGCCAGAGUUGGAGUGUGCCUUUAAUGCUUGUAAGGAAAGUUUGGGACAAGCAACUCUACUCGCAUAUCCACAGCCUGAUGCCUCCUUAGGUCUGUUCACAGACGCAUCAAGUGUCCAAGUAGGUGCUUGUCUGCAGCAACGUGUAGAUCACAAGCUUCUUCUUUACGCUUUUACUCAGCGUCGGGAGAAACUAUCUCCGGUACAGUUAAAUCAACUUACCUUCAUUUCGCAGUUCACGACUGAUAUUUCACAUAUUAAAGGUGUGGAUAACAUUGUGGCUGACACUAUGUCGCGAAUUGAGGCAAUUUCGCUGGAGGAUGACUUCACCGACCUAGCUUUGUCGCAAAGAGACGAUGAGGAACUACAAAAACUUAUUAGUGACGGCACUUCUCUUAAACUAGAGAAGGUUUUGUUGCCUGGGACUGAUAUCACAAUAUUUUGUGACACUUCCACGGGUCAGCCACGUCCUUUCCUUACCGCUCCUUUCCGUCGGAAAUACUUUGAUAAACUCCACAAUUUGAGUCAUCCAGGUCUCCGUGCAACAUCUCGUCUUCUCACAAAAAGGUUUGUUUGGCCUUCUAUCCAGAAGGAUGUUCGCGAUGGGACUAAGACGUGUCUCUCAUGCCAACGUAAUAAGGUCACCAGGCACGUUGUCACUCCUUUAGCUAAUUUCGCUGCACCUGCUGGCCGCUUCAGGCACGUUCAUGUUGAUAUUGUAGGUCCUCUUCCCGUCUGCGAAGGCUAUCGCUAUCUUUUGACGGCUGUAGAUCGAUUCACACGAUGGCCUGAAGCGUGGCCAAUGCGCGGUAUCACCGCCGAGGAGACGGCUGAAACCUUGAUGACUGGCUGGAUAUCGAGAUUUGGUGUCCCUUCUCGUAUCACUACAGAUCAGGGUCACCAGUUUGAGUCCGACUUAUUUCGCAAACUUAUGACACUUUUAGGCACUAAAAAGCUACGAACGACUAGUUAUCAUCCGUGUGCGAAUGAGGAUCUCAAGGCUUCAGCAGCCGAACUUGUAUACGGAGAGCCCUUACAUCUUCCUGGAGAGAUGAUCGUUCCUUCGUCAGUUUCACAAGUAUCUGAUCCAUUUGAUUUUGUCUCACGGCUUAGAAUUAUGAUGUCAGACUUGAGACCUGUACCUGCAUCUCAACAUUGUAAAAGAAAAGUUUUCCUGUUUAAAGACCUUUCCACCACUUCACACGUGUUCUUGCGAGCAGACCACGUGAAGCCGCCAUUGGAAUCACCUUACUCAGGACCAUUUCAGGUUGUCAGACGAUCAGAUAAGACUGUCACUAUCGUCGUGGGAAACAAGGAAGUCGUCGUGAGUAUUGAUCGCGUUAAACCCGCAUUCAUCCUCGGACACACUCCACAAUUUACACAAUCUCAAAAUCCUGAUACAUUUUUACCCUCUUCAGUUACGAAUCAGUUACCUUCACACACACAAAAUCCUCUCACUCAAAACACAAGUAAUUCUGGCCAUGACUCUUUAGCCCCAUCACCCAAAUACACUACACGCUCAGGUAGACGAGUUAAAUUCGCUCGUCCUUUCGAUCUUUGA